AUGGAUGCGAAACGGAUAAAACUCGACGGGGAUGACGAGGACUCACGGGAUUCGAGUUCGCGUAGCUCAUGUGGUGGGAGCGAGGCUACUUCAAGCCCGUCAACAUCGACUAGGGUGACUGUCGACGACCUGAAGUCUGCGGAUCCGUUGGUGAUCGAAAAGGCUUUGAAGAAGCUAAAAGGAACACUCAGAAAUAAGGCAGCUAUUGUGAAAUUCAUGACUGUCAGAUCAUCUGAAGUAUUUCCAAUGCUCAUCGCUCUACUCAACAAAGCUGCCACGGACAUACCAAAUAAACCACCGCCUUGGAAUUCUAUACUGAAAGAAACGAUCAGCGUAAUUGCAAAUUGUUGUAAUUAUUCCGUGGCUGCAUGUUUGAAGAUGACUGCACCGAAGAUUACUCACAUUGCGGGUUCGUUUUUUUUAGAACCUGCCGCUUGCAUCGCAUCUAAUCCGUCACUUGUUGAUCGAUUAGUCCUUAUGUUGGAACCUGAUGACAAUGCUGCAACGCAAGCACUUCGAGCCGUUCGUGGACUCGUCUCUUGCACAUACAUGAAG